AUGCUCUUCGACUCGAACUUUUCGUUUGCUCCGAAACUGUCUCCACCCCGCGAACGGGAGCCUGCUAGCAUGCGAACCGUCCGAUAUGGGGAAAUUGUUGGGAGCGGCGAUGGCAACAUUAGCAGCAGCAGCAGCAACAGCAUUAGCCAUGAUCUUCCACUAUCCCCACAUUCGAUGGCUAUCGCGUCUCCCGGAUCUCGGAGUCGUUCACGGGCCACGUUUUCCACUGGAGUAAACGAACCAAUACUACAGACGAUGAAAUUCUUCAAGAGGCGGUCAGCCGACACCAGCAAUGACAAGAGCAAAAUCAACAAAGACUUCUACAGCAGUGCGGUGCCAAUGGAUCUCAAACACGCAAAACCGUUGACGAUAUCCGUCCCUCCGCGAAAAAGCACUCGUAGAGCACCUUCGCAGCCUCCUCGCCAGCCGCCGCCACCACCUCCUCCAUCACAACAACAACGACCUCCGAUGCUAAGAUUAGAGCCUUCCUCACGGCCGUUGCCUGCAGUAAAGACACAAGAGAUCAACCGCAGCCUCCUCUCGCCUCUCCAUUCGAAGCGAAGCCGCCAGAACUCGCAAACCUCCGAUUCCGGAAUUCAGAUGCUAGUCAACUUUCUCAACGAUGACUCGGACUCGGACGAAGAAGAAGACGAGUGCUAUUGGACCGGCCACUCCUAUAUCCUCUCGCUUCAGCAACAACCGAAGAUACUCAACAACAUCAACCAUUCCGACCUCUAUUUCGGAAGGCUCUACAUAUUCCUCCAUCCGCAGCGACCACUAUCAUUUAACGAGGAUGAUUUCCCAACCUCGAAGCGCGGUUCCGUUGCAUCCUCAAAAAGGCCAUCCUUCAAUGACGACAACUUUACCGCACCAAAGCGAGGUGCCACCUCCGAUGCAACAUCCUUGCCGUCUUCCCGUCGCUCAUCCGCCACAACAUUCUUUUGCCGCGGCAGUCGUAACUCGGUGCUGAGCCGCAAUUCUAUCGGUUUGGGUUCGAUUGCCGCCAGCGACAUCGACUUGGAGGAAGGAUUGGAAAACAACACGCACUUCCCGGGCAUGGAAGAACUCAAGAAACAGAUUUCCUGGCUUGCGCUCCGCGGAUCCCGUAGUUACGAAUCCGAAGAGGAAGCGGAGGAUGUCGAGGAUGACAGCGAAAAUUACCACCACCACUUGUCAUCCAUGGUACCGCCAAAUGGAAAGACUUCAACCAAAACUUCCGCGAGGUCUCCAUCGAGGGCGAUGCCAACGUCGAUACCGCUGUAUGCCUUUCCGCUUCCUCCCACCGGCACCGUAAUGCAGACUCCUGCGCCCCGAAGGGCAAGACGACGAACCGCCAGCUCCGAGUGCAUCGUGCUCGAAGCGCUUGAGGAAAUGCGACUAGCGGAUCAGAAGGCGUCUUUCGUUCCGACUCCGACUCCGACCCCGACCGUUGCAAAGGUAUCGAAACGCAAGCCGCGUCACUCGACCAAUAAUCCUCGCAUCGUCGGCGAGGAUUCGUGGGAGACGGCUCUGGUCGGCGACACGGCUGCCUGGGAUCGAAUGCUCGAUGCUAGCGAUUUCAAUUCCUAUGCUUAA